GUGUGUGUGGCCCGAGCUCAGCAUGCACGGAGGGGUCUGCUGGUAGUGAGGAUGCGAUUGUGCAUGUUGGAAAAAACAGGCGCUUGAGUUAGUGCAGAAUGGCAGGAAACCAAUCCGCGAUGGAAGCCUUCCUGGACUGAGAGAUGGGGUUCUGCAUCAGAUCUAGAUACUGUCUGAAGUCAAAUAGGAAAUAGCCUAUAAAGAAAGGAUGUGAACCUAGAGAAAGAAGACAAUAUUUUGAUGGACUUAAUUGUUAUGAGCAUGAAUUCAAAGAGAACAUACACCUUCAUUGAAGAUUGAAUCAGGGAAUUGAAAGUCAUCAUUGGACAGCAUGCUGUUGUUGGAUUCUCUGCUAAGGAUCUCUUUCCCAGUCCUCCCCUAGUCUAACAGAAGUUAGAGGUGAUGAAGUCGAUCCUAGAUGGGCUUGCAGACACCACCUUCCGCACCAUCACCACUGACCUCCUCUAUGUGGGUUCCAAUGACAUCCAAUACGAAGACAUCAAAGGUGACAUGGCUUCCAAAUUAGGAUACUUCCCACAGAAAUUCCCUCUGUCUUCCUUCCGGGGAAGUCCCUUCCAAGAGAAGAUGACUGCAGGAGACACCCCACAGCUGGGCCCUGGGGCCGACCAGGGGAACAUCACUGAGUUCUUCAACAAGUCCCUUUCAACCUACAAGGAAAAUGAAGAAAACAUUCAGUGUGGGGAGAACUUUAUGGACAUGGAGUGCUUUAUGAUUCUCAACCCCAGCCAGCAAUUAGCCAUCGCUGUGCUGUCCCUUACACUGGGUACCUUCACAGUGCUGGAGAACCUGCUGGUGCUGUGUGUGAUCUUGCAUUCUCGCAGUCUUCGCUGCAGACCUUCCUACCACUUCAUCGGCAGCCUGGCUGUGGCAGACCUCCUGGGGAGUGUCAUUUUUGUCUAUAGCUUUGUUGACUUCCAUGUGUUCCACCGCAAAGAUAGCCCCAAUGUGUUUCUUUUCAAACUGGGUGGGGUCACAGCCUCUUUCACUGCCUCUGUAGGGAGCCUAUUUCUCACAGCUAUUGACAGGUACAUAUCAAUUCACCGACCCCUGGCUUAUAAGAGGAUCGUCACUAGGCCCAAGGCUGUGGUAGCCUUCUGUCUAAUGUGGACCAUAGCCAUUGUGAUUGCUGUGCUGCCUCUCCUGGGGUGGAACUGCAAGAAACUUCAAUCAGUUUGCUCUGACAUCUUCCCACUCAUCGAUGAGACCUACCUAAUGUUCUGGAUUGGGGUCACCAGUGUGCUAUUGCUGUUCAUUGUGUAUGCAUACAUGUACAUCCUCUGGAAAGCUCACAGCCACGCAGUCCGCAUGAUUCAGCGAGGCACCCAGAAAAGCAUUAUCAUCCACACAUCAGAGGAUGGCAAGGUCCAGGUGACCCGGCCAGACCAAGCACGCAUGGAUAUCAGACUGGCCAAGACCCUGGUUCUAAUCCUUGUGGUUUUAAUCAUCUGCUGGGGCCCCCUGCUUGCGAUCAUGGUAUACGAUGUCUUUGGGAAGAUGAACAAGCUCAUUAAGACGGUGUUUGCUUUCUGCAGUAUGCUCUGCUUGCUCAAUUCUACCGUGAACCCCAUCAUCUAUGCUCUGAGGAGCAAGGACCUGAGACAUGCUUUCCGGAGUAUGUUCCCCUCAUGUGAAGGCACAGCACAGCCUCUUGAUAACAGCAUGGGGGACUCAGACUGCCUGCAUAAGCAUGCCAAUAAUGCAGCAAGUGUUCACAGGGCCGCAGAGAGCUGUAUCAAGAGCACAGUCAAGAUUGCCAAGGUGACCAUGUCUGUAUCCACAGACACGUCUGCUGAGGCUCUGUGAGCCCAAUGCCUCCCUGGAAGUACAGGAAAAGAAUUUUUUUUCUCUUUUUUAUUUUUAAGAAGCUCAAAAUCUAGACAUCUCUCGUCUCCUUGGUCAUAUUUGUUUAGGCUUACUAUGUUCAGUGCAAAGGUGAUUGUCACCACAAUCAACUAUAAGUUCUCUAACAUUUCAAUAGUGUAGUAUUCAAACUCAGUUUUUCUAGAGGUUUUUAGUGGAGAGAGUGUGAUUUCAACAUCUCAAAACAUCCUUUACUGAAGUUUUAACAAAAAAGGAGUGAUAUUUUUGACCAUUACAAUUUGAAGUCUAAGUAACUAUAGAAAAAAAUUGCAUCAAAUGACUACUGCCUUUGUAACCACACUUUCUUGAUAAUGUGUAAUGUUUUUGUCCAUAAGUAUCAGAGAUGUCCAUUUUUAAGACAGAUAUAGUACUUAACCUAGAGUAUUUCGUAAAAUGUAUUGUGUCCCGUGAGUUGUGUAUCAUUGUUUAUGAUGUGUUAUAUAAAGUUGUCUAGUUCAGUAAAACUGAAGGGUAGACUUCUCAAAACAAUGAAACAUAAACAAUGGGAUAUGCCAGUGAGACUACCUUUUCAAAAAAUUAAUCCCAUGUUAUAACUUUAAAGACCUUAAUAUUUUUUUUCAAAUAUCUAUACUUAACACUUAAAUAACCAUAAAGGUUUAUUUUUCUGUUACACAACAGGAAGAACUUGAAGAUUAUUCAAAGACCUGAGCAGAAUUCUUUGAUGCUUAAAAAUGCAUUAGCUCUGCACUACCACUGACAUUGCUUACCUUCUGAACUGUUGCUGUUCUGUUGAGUGAUGGACUCCAGAAUGGAAGAGCAAAGGCAUACUGACAAUUUUGACUAUCAUCUGUGACUUUCUUUAGUAUUUAGCUAUUACUGGACUAUUAAGACAGCAUGUGUCAAUCUUAAUGUAUAUUGUUAUCAAUGUGCAAUUGUUUACUUGAAGAGUUUGCAUUCUUAUAUUCCAGGUAUAAGUAGAUUUUAAACCUGGGUAGCCAAAUAAGAGUCUACUUUCCCCCUCAAUUAAAAAGUAUUGUCUGAAUCAGUAGAAUUAUAACUGUGAGUGUGAAUAUAAAUGUGUGUAUGUGUGUUUUAUCCUGUAACUGUUGCAGUAAUGUUAUAAAGUGAUAAAACUGACAGUAUAAACUGUACAAUUUGCUGCAUUCUUGCACAUGAAUUCAGUUUUUAAAUUUGAGUUCUUCCAGAAAUCAUGCCAAUAAGAAUACUGGCCACAAAUAUGCAGAAAAUACCUCCUACAUACACAAGAGAUUGAGUCAGGUACAAUUAAAUUGAUCUUAGGUAUUUCAUAAGACUAGUAUUUACCAAGGGGCAAUCAAUGACCAUCAUAGAAACAAAGGCCUGUAUUUUCUGAGUCAAUGUUGAAAAAAUGAGAGGGCUUUGGUUUAUGGGCACCCAAUAUUGAUAAAUUCCAUGAAGAUAUGUCAUUA